AUGGCGUCGGUCCUAGUGACAGGCGGCUCGGGCUACCUUGGCCAGUUUCUGGUGUCGAGGCUGAGCGAACGGCGCAAGGUUGGGUACACAUACAACUCCCAUCUUGCUGAAGCCCUGAAUGUGCUGGAUGGUGUCAAGGCAUUCAAGGUCGACAUGGCAACAGGAGAGGGACUUCAGGAGUGUCUUUCCAGCUUUGGGGAUCUUGCUUGCAUCGUCAACUGCGCCGCGAUCUCAAAGCCUGGAGAAUGUGAGGAGGACCCAGAACGUGCAAGAUCAAUCAACAUUCCAACGAAGCUGCUGGAUGCUCUGCUGGAGCUCAGGUCUGCCACAGGUCAAGAGCCUCUCUUGAUUCACAUUUCGACCGACCAGGUGUACGAUGGAUCCAAAGAAUGGUGGCGUGAAGAUGACACAUGCCAACCAGUAAAUGUGUAUGGGAAGACAAAAUUGGAAGCUGAGAGUGCUGUGCAGGCUCGGUGGCCAAAUCAUGCGAUCCUGAGGAGCAGCAUCAUCUAUGGGCCACAGCCGCUGGUCCCUGUUUCGCGGCCCCUCAUGCUUGACUUCAUUGUGUCGUCACUCCGCUCGGGGCAAGAAACCAGUUUCAUAGAAGACGAGUUCCGAUGUCCGAUAUUUGUGGAUGACAUUGUCGCCGUCGUCGAUGAGCUGAUGGCGAAAGGCGCCGCUGUCUCCCACCGACUGUUCAACAUGGGCGGGCCCCAGCGGAUGAGCCGAGUGGACAUGGCCAUGGAAGUGGCAAACCACCUAGGGACGGGGACCGACACCAUUGUUCGCGUUCCCAGCUCGUCGUUCAAAAGGAACGUCAGAAGCCCUCUGGACAUAUCCAUGCGCGUUGAGCGCCUGGCCACCGAGCUGGACAUCAAAUUGACCCCUUUUGCAGGUGCCCUGUCCAAGAUUUUCCCUCAGUAG